AUGCUCGUCAAGCUUGAAAAUACAAAGUCGGCAGCGGCAAGUUCUAUGGUGCUCCGCCUAGUGAGCCAGAACGUCCGGUAUGCAACAACGAAACCCACUCCCAAUGAGAGAUCGUGGAGUUUUCGGGGACCGAAACUCUGCAACCAAUUGGACUUCCUCACGACUGGCCACGAGUCAGCAUUCAUCUGUCUGCAAGAAGUCCUCUACUCUCAACUUGAAGACAUCCAGUCUUACCUCGGUCCUGCUUGGGGACAUAUAGGUCUCGGUCGUGAUGACGGCAAGCGAGGUGGCGAAUUCUCACCAGUCUUCUACCAGGUUGAACGUUGGCAGUGCGUGCGGAAUGAAACUCUUUGGUUGAGUAAGACACCGGAAAAGCCAUCUAGAGGAUGGGAUGCCGUACUGAACCGUGUUGUUACCGUCGGGGAGUUUCUCGAUAAACAAACAUACUCGCGUAUCGUUGUCAUGAGUACGCACUUCGAUCAUAUAGGAGUUGUCGCUCGAGAGCAGAGCGCCAAACUGCUUCUCAACGUUGCUCGAGAGUGGAGCAAAGGAGCGAACGGAAAACCUCCGACAACCGUCCUGCUCGCGGGUGACUUCAACAGUACCCCGGAUGACAAUGCCUACAAGACAAUGGUGGCGCCGGAGUCAGGCAUGAUCGAUGUCUCAACUCAGGUUCCUAAAGCGAAGCGAUACGGAAACGAUAUCACGUACACGUCGUUUGACGAGCCUGAUGAGAAAACGAAGAGAAUCGACUUUUUGUUUGUGAAGGAUCCGAGCCCAGCUACCAUCAAGACAUUUGGCGUGCUAUCGAACAAGUUCGAUGACGGCGUUUAUCUGUCUGACCAUAGGCCAGUCGUCGCCGACAAUCGUGGACCCCCGUGCAACGUCACGCAAAUCAGCGGCGUAGAAGAGGCAGAUCUGGACCUGCCCGAGUCUCCGAGACAAGCUCCCUGCAUCUCCAGCAUUCCAAGGUCUCGACGUCAAAUGAAUUCGACUGGCGCGCAGGAGCUGGACAACCGUUCGGCAUCGAGUGAUAGGAUCUCGCAGCAACAGGCUAUCGACGAGUCGAUGUACACGGCCGACGACGAGUGGCGUUGCGUCAUUUUAAGCCUCCAAAGUCAGUCGAUAUGGCGUUCGCAUACGGCCAUGUCAUAUUCUACCUACCACUGUGGCGCGUUGGGAUCGCUUUCAACGGUGGCGUUGAGGGAUUAUGCCUCAAGCGAAAAGGCGGUGUGGCUCCGAGAUGGUGUCGAGUUCCUCGCUCCACAACCAACAACCGCCUAUCGAUCCGUCCGCCUCGGAUAUGUCGACUUGUCAGUCCAUCGCGUCUUUGCAGCAGCGUCCGCUCUCGGCUUCAUGCAGUUCGAGCGUGCAAGAGUGGCAUAUCGGACAAAUGGCGGGCUCGCCAUACUAGAUAAUUUGCAAAAUUGCUAA